AUGGGGGGCCCGGGCUGCUCUGGGAGUAGUAGUUCCGUGGGGCGCUCCUUUCCGCGGGCCCGGCGGGUGCUCCACACCAAGCCGCCGGGACACAGCGACUCCUCAACCCGGUGCUUCCAGCCCCGCCGGGGCCGGCCGCGCAAGCGGGGGCGGGCCUCUGCGCCGUGCAGCCAAUGGGGACUGGGCCUGGAGGCCGGGGCGGAGCGGCCCCAGCGCUACGCCCCGAGUGGCGGUUGUUUCAAGAUGGCGGACGUGGCUGGCCCCUCCCGCCCCGGCGCGGCGGCGUUCUGGAGCCGGGACUUUUCUGAUGAAGAACAAUCAGUAGUGUAUGUUCCAGGAAUUUCAACAGAAGGAAAUAUCAGAUCAAGACACAAGUCGACAAGUCCAAAAGCUGAUGUCAAACUUAAGACUUCCAGGGUGGCUGCUGCUUCAGUCUCCAUGGAGUCUUUAAAAGGUGCAGGAGAUUCAGUAGAUGAACAGAAUUUCUGCAAGAGAGGAAUAAAGAGUGCAUCAUUGAAGGACUUAUGUCUUGAAGACAAAAGACGAAUUGCAAACUUAAUUAAAGAACUGGCCAGAGUAAGUGAGGAAAAGGAAGUGACAGAAGAACGACUCAAAGCUGAGCAGGAAUCAUUUGAGAAGAAGAUCAGGCAGUUGGAAGAACAGAAUGAACUGAUCAUCAAAGAAAGGGAAGCUCUUCAGCUACAGUAUAGAGAAUGCCAAGAACUUCUAAGCCUCUAUCAGAAAUAUCUAUCAGACCAGCAAGAGAAGCUCACCAUGUCUCUCUCAGAACUGGGUGCUGCUAGAAUGCAGGAACAACAGGUGUCCAAUAGGAAAAGCGCUCUCCAGUCUUCGUCUAUAGAACUGGAUGGUUCCUACUUGAGUGUAGCCAAACCACAGACCUACCAUCAAACCAAGCAAAGACCGAAGUCUGCAAACCAGGAUCCAGCUUCAGAAUCCCCUGUGAAGUUUAGGAAUAAUUCUUUGAAACCAGCAGCCCUUCAUUAUCCCACAGAGGAUCCAGACAGGGCGCAAUCAGAGACCAGAACAUGUAAUUAUGGAUCCUCAGGGAGAAAACUAGUCGAUGCAGUCUCUACAGAGAAAGCUCUACCAGAGAAAUUGAAUAUGAGGGAAUACCAACACCUUAAGCCUACUCUGUCUACUCAGUGUUGCGGUCAUAGACUUUCUGAAAAUGCAGAUCAUGUUCAUGGUAGCCAUCCUACAAACAUGGCCCCUCAAUAUCCCAAGACACGUCUGGAAUCAUGCAGUUAUUGUGGUCUUUCCUGGGCAUCUCUGAUGCAUGGCCAAAGGGCACUGCAUCCUAGUGAAACUGAUAUCAAAAAGCAACUGUCAGAAGAUAGAAGGCAGCAACUUAUGCUUCAGAAAAUGGAGCUGGAAAUUGAAAAGGAGCGCCUUCAGCAUCUGCUGGCCCAGCAAGAGACAAAGCUUCUCCUAAAACAGCAGCAGCUUCAUCAGUCUCGACUGGAUUAUAAUUGGUUAAGAACUCAAGCUGUAUUUGAGUCAAGAGAACGGGUUGCUCAUAAAGAGCUUACUAAACCCCAAGAGCCCAAUCUGGAUAUGAAUGGGAAUGACUCUGGACCAAGUUUAUUGAAGUCAAAAUGUGAUGGCUGGCUGCUUGGAACAUCACCAUCCAUCAGAAACUACCCAGAGUCCACUAACAGUGGAGAGAAUAGAAGUGAGAAGAAGACAGUUGGGUUUCAGUCACAUAUGGAAGAUGAUGCCCUGUGGACAUGUCAAAAGAAAGAUACAUGUCGACCCCAGAGAGGGACAACAACAGGAGUUAGAAAAGAUGCAUCCACAUCUCCUAUGGCAACAGGAAACCAAAAGGAACUUGUAACCACAACCACAUCACCAUUCCAACACAACUCCUCCCGGUAUGAGACAUCUCUGUUGGAUUUGGUUCAAUCUCUGAGCCCAAAGUCUGCUGCCAAACCUCAGCCCCAUCCCUCCAGAGAAGCUGAGGCCUGGAAUCACAGUACUCGCCGACUCAGUCCUCUAAAAUCAACCUGGAACAAGAUAGGGGCAGGCAGGACCCCUGAAGACCUGGAGGAAAAGCAAAUUCUGGAAGAUAUCUUUUUCAUUUGACACUGAAGCACAUGCUACAAAAUUACCAUCAGAAAUUUGUGGGUUUCUUUAUAUACUGAUCUAGGAUUUUAAAUUAUUUGAUUGCAAAGUAAUAGUGUCUCUCCUUUCACAGGGACCUAUCUCACUAGCAUCCUGUUAUGUAUUGAAUAUAGAAAUCGUUCUAACAACCCAGGGUGUUUUUGAUCAGACCAGUCAGUAGAUAGUACAUUAAGGGGGGUGGGGGUGGAAGGCAGUAUCUUUUCUAUGCCAAGCAGAGAUUAGAAAAUUAACAUAGGACACUUGCUGCAUGGCAGAGGCCACUGCAUAUUCAGCCUCAUUUCAAGAGUGUUUCCUUUUCAAUAUUUUACUGGAAAAGGUUGGCUCUCUUUUGUAUAUAAGGAAAACCUUUCCUCUGAAAGACCCCUCUAAUUUAAAAGUCACCCUUUGUAACAUAAACAAUUUCAAGAAGACAGGCCCUUUUACCUCUCCAUCCUUUUCUCUCACCACCUACCUCCAAGUAUAGUCAUUUAAUUCUGAAGUUGGAGUUGUUGCCCCUACCGUCACAAGCAACACUGAGGACCAAUUACAAGUCAGUCUCAGAAGUCAUCAGCCUGCCAGCUGCCCACCCCAUAACCAAAAGGGCUCAAUGGGCUAGAGAGAGGGACCCAACCAACCCUUGGAAACCAGCAUUAAAUCACACCACAGAGUGACUGCCCUAGGGAAAUCCAGUGGAAGUGCACGCCUGAAACAAUUUUCCUUCCAUCCUCCCAUUUCCCAGGAUAAAUAAGAGCAAUCUCAGUGUUGUUUCUUGACCCAAGUAUCUAUUUUAUUCACCCUUGAGGACUUCCCAUGGCUGUGUCUGGGGAAGAUGCCACUAGAAGGAGAGUAGCAUCCAGCGACUGCAGGCUGAUAGGCUUUCCACGGCCCCUCCUCUCACCCCAUGAGGAUCAAAGGCACUGGAUUAACCAGACCAUACACAUGUCCCAUGGCCCCAAAGAACUAUCUCUACUUGCCAGAUUAUGUUCCACCACCCCAAGCAGAGUCUCCCCCAACCCUUUCCCACUGGGUUCACUCUGACCCAGGGAAAGCCUGUGGAAGAAGCGCACUUGAGGCCUCCUUCUCUCUCUGUUCUCCUACUUAGCAGAGCUCUUGAGAUGGGUCCUUCAGCUUACAGUGGGCUCUAGUGGCCUCUCAAGCUGAUGGGCAGUAUGAUGAGCCUAGUAGAGCUAGUGAGUUUAAAACUUUUCAUUCAUUGGAAGCAAGGGGAUGUGUCCCCAGAUGUGUAUUGCUUGAUGACUUUAUCUGAUCUGGAGAGUGUUGCUUUUUUUCUCUCCCCUUUUCACCAGCCCCUGGCUUGAACUGGGACCAAGACUCUUUGUCAGUCGGUAUUGGCAGCCAGGGUCACUUAGUGAGCCUGCAUGGCUUCCCUGAAUUCUUUAUCAAAAGUGGAUUAUUUCAGCCUACAAAAGCCUUGUUGGGCAGCUUCCUUGUCUGGAUAGAUCUAAAUCUUAUUGUCUCCUCAGGCUGAGGCCCUGUCCCUUCCACCCAGACUUCCUUCACUUGGGUCUUUUUGUUCUUUAGAGGAGAGAAGAAAGGAGCUUGCCCGUACCAUAUUCUUAAUCUGAGGUAAACAUAAGGUCAGGACUAACUAGUUGUAGUCAUGCUUUUGAAAAGUUGAAAAAUCGUUGCAGAUUACAAUAUCCUUUUAACGUUCACCUCUGUGAGAGUAACCGAAUCAGUUUCAUCCCAUUUCAGAAAGCUUUGGGAAAAUGGAGCUUUCUUUGGUGUGGCAAAAAUGGGUAAAAGCAAACUGAGACCCUCAGCCAUUUUCUCAAAGUUAGGUUUCCAGAACUAUCUUUUCCUUCCUCCAUGUGUCAUGACCAUGUCAAAUAACCCAACUCCCUUGGAUCAGCCAUCAUCACACUCACUCAUUCUGGAUGCCAGUGUCUUUACUGCUCUCCAGAGUAGGAGGAUGCCAGAAGGACCAAGAAAAAGAUUAUGAUUUCUUUAGAAGCUUCUUUGCCUUUAGAAGAAUCAUAAACAGGAUCUAAAUAAAGGCUUUUGGCCGGGGUCACAUGCCACAGAAUGGAGUUUAAUUGCUUCUUUACUUCCCCCUGCAUGAUCAAUUUGGACAGGCAAAGAUGGAUUUUCAGCAGAGCGUUGAUUAACAUAUUUUUCAUAUGCCACGUUGCCCUACCAGUUGCCUUUCUCUGUCCUGUAGGCAUUUCCUGAGUGUCAGGGCAAUAGGAUGUGAAUCUGUGUCUAAUCUAAUGUCUUCAUUAUGAAUUGAACAGUAUAUGUAAACAUUUUAAUCUGUGUCUUAUUUUGAGAGAGAGAUACAUGAAAAGGUUGUCGUAGAGCCUCGAGGCUGUUGUAGAGCCUGAGGCUUAAGCUAAUUGCAGACUAACCUCCCAAGAGAGGGGCUCUGGCACAAAGGAUCUGCCUGUCCUCCCUGUGAAAUGCUCCUGACAGUGACUGGUGGGGAUUUGCUUGUCCAGCCUCCAGCCGCUUCCCCAAAGCAAGAGAGGACACGUAGUGGGGGUGCAGCAGAUAGUGCUACCACAUUGCCCACCCUGCUUCCUACCAUUCUACCAGAGAAAAGCCAAUCAGUGUUUGCAAAAUGGAAAAGGAUGAAGUGUCCAUUGAAGCUCCUUAAGUAGGGUCCAAAGUGCUUGAUUUACAAAACCAAGGCUAAUCAAGGAAAAGCUUUUGCUGACAGUCACUCUUCCAGGAGGCACACUUGUGUUUAUCCAAACCUGACUCCAUGGUGGAGACUUGUCUAGGACACCCCUGGUGUCAUGGGGAUGGAGGGGCUCUCUCCUCCUUCAGAGCCAUUCUUUUCUCUUGGCCCUGCUUCCAGCACCAUGGUUCAUAUGAGAGAUUUGCUGGCCAGAGACCCCAGGAAAGGACAGGCCUAAAGGAGCAGAGCCGGAUGAUGUCCGCAAUCAUUAGGGAUGUGGGGGCUAUGGAAGACUCCUCCCAGCUCACAGGUCAUCCUCACCUCAGUGUGCGUUGGGUUUAAUGUGGGCAAAUGUUGAUAUACAUAUGAGACUUUAAGUUAAUAAAUUGUCUCUAUGACUGUU